UAUGGUGUUUUGGAGCUGCUUGGUUACUGUGGAGGAUAAAUAGCUCCUGACCCUAACCAGGAUCUUUUCAUGAAAAAAGAGCGGUGUCCCUAUGCCUUAUAAAGGCAUGGGCAGGCUUAUUCCAGCGCUCAAGAAGGGGCGGUAGCGGGUUUGUGCUGCUGAGUUUGUUUCCAGCAGUGGUUGCAGGCGAAUGAAGAAGUUGAGCUGAAACUGCGAACAUCCCGGCACUUAGCGGCAAAACUCAGUCGAGAGAGGAGGAAGCAGGUGAAAUUACAAAAAAAAAAAAAAAAAAAAAAAAAAAAAAAGAAAAGGAAAAAAAAAAAAAAGAAAUCCACUUGGUCAUGGGGAAAUCAGCUUCCAAACAAUUUGCUGAAGAAGUCUUGAAAGUACACAAUGACUACAGGAAGAAGCAUGGAGUCCCCCCAUUAAAACUCUGCAAGAAGUUAAACAGAGGAGCCCAACAGUAUGCAGAAGAACUGGCUGCCACGAGGGUCCUCAAGCACAGCUCCGAGUCUGCUAAUGGGAAUUGUGGAGAAAACCUAGCAUGGGCAUCCUAUGACCAAACAGGAAAAGAUGUGGCUGACAGAUGGUACAGUGAAAUAAAAAAUUACAGCUUUCAAAACCCAGGGUUUUCUUCUAGGACAGGUCACUUCACAGCAAUGGUCUGGAAGAACACAAAAAAGAUAGGAGUUGGUAAAGCAUCUGCUAGUGAUGGCUCAACUUUUGUGGUGGCUAGAUAUGAUCCAGCUGGAAAUGUAGUAAAUCCAGGCUACUAUGAAGAAAAUGUUCUUCCUCCAAGAAAAUAACUUUUUUUUUUAAGGUAGUCUUACUGCUUAAUGACAAGUGAACCUGGAUUUGGACCUAACAGUGUUUGAAAUUAAGCCAAAUUCAAUGAAAUCUCCUGUUUGAUAUUGCUGUUCAUGUCUCAUUGUGGAGGAAGCAAUUACUUGUUGCUUGAGUCAAUCUGCACAUCAGGCCCCUGUUGUUUCUGAGGGGACCUCAAUUUAUUUGAGGAUGAACUUGAUGCAGCAUUCCUGAAGGAUAAAGUGGGCAAGAUUUUUUUUUCUUAAUUGUUUGCGUGAACUCUGUGUCAGCAUGUGAGUAAGCACAUGUUGGAUGUUUAUUUUUUUUUAACAAAUUUAUAGCUUUCUGUAAACUGAAGAUACCAGCUUGUAAUUAUAUUACGUACUCCUAGCUAUAUUUUUUAAUAACUGUAAUUUCGUUGCUCUGACUUUACCUCCUGCUGUUGUGGGACCUACUCUCUGCAGAUGGAACACAUGCAAAACUUCUGUAUGAAAGGUACAGGUAUGUAGUGGAAUGUAGUGGAAUUCAGACCUGUGUAUUUUUAUUAAGAGGAUCUUGCAGAACACUAAAAGGCUGAUGUCAAAACUGUAGCCAUCAAUCAAUCUGUAAUUAAUGCAUGAUCUAAAAAAAAUACCCAAACAUUUUUUUAAUCCCAUUUUAGAUGCUGAUAUAUAAAAUAUGUUUGAGAUGAGUGUAUUUUAAGUUCAAAGUGCAACCUACAGUAUGUACCUUGUAUUAUAAUCAAAUUGUUUACUUCCGGUGAAGAAAAAUAAGAUUCUACUUGUUUGAUAUUUAUGCACAAAAAAGUUUCUUUGAUGGUGCACUUUGGAUUUUACUUCUCAGUAACUUAUUUUUAUUUCCUAAGGAAUAUCUUUUAAAGGUGUCAUGCUAUACAGGCAAUAACAUUCCCAAACCAUCUCAUCUCCUUUAAUAAUCUAACAGUAGAGGUAUUCACAUUGUCAUAAUUAAGAGAUGUUUGCUCUUUAUUCAUAUUAUUCAAUAAUAGUACUAUUACACAUACUGGAUUGAUGCCUUGAAAACAGUGAAGAUUUAAUUUCCGUAAGAACAAGCCAAGCAACAAUUCUGGGGACACUCUUUUCUUUGAUUAAAUGUGGAUUGGGCCAUUUUGGCCAGGUUCAUAAACUAUGCUUCAGUUUGGGGGUUUGUUUUCUUUGUAAAAGUUUCUCUUGAGUUUUGCUGAGAUUCUGUAUGCCAUAAUCUGGUUCAUGGACAGUGCCAUUACAGAAAUACUUCUUUUUUGUUUACACAGUUGUAAUAAACUGCACUCUUAUGGCUUGA